UUGGUGUAGUAGUAGCAGUAGUAGUUGUGACUGAGGCAGGGGAGGGGAGGUGGUAGUAGUGAACCGAACCGCUGAACAAACCGCUGCUGACAGUUAAUGUAGUAAUUUUUUACAAAAAUUUUGAUGGUGUGACGGUUGUACUUUGAAGGCCAUGUUAUACAUUGUUCCCAAGUGAUGGGGGCGUGAGUAGACUUGAUACUCCAAGUCUAACAGGACGCUAGAAGUUGCAGUUCAGAAAUAAUGACGUGGUUGUAAACAGCUCUAUAGCCUCACUUGCCAUGGCUUAUCAAACUUUGCGUCAAGAGUACCUUCAAAUGCCCGUGGUGACACGGGCAUAUACCACAGCAUGUGUUGUCACAAGUUUAGCUGUUCAACUGGAUUUGAUAUCCCCCUUUCAACUUUAUUUCAAUCCAAUUCUAAUAAUAAAACAAUUCCAGAUAUGGAGACUAUUUACAACUUUCCUUUUCUUUGGAACAGUUGGUCUCAAUUUCUUUUUCAACGUAAUAUUCACUUACCGAUAUUGCAGAAUGUUAGAAGAAGGAUCAUUUAGAGGCCGAACUGCAGACUUUGUUAUGAUGUUCAUAUUUGGUGGUGUUUCCAUGAUAAUUUUUGCUUUUUUUGUAAGUUUGUUGUUCCUUGGGCAAGCAUUCACAAUCAUGCUUGUCUAUGUUUGGUCGAGGAGGAACCCAUAUGUUAGAAUGAGUUUUUUUGGUGUUCUCAACUUUAAUGCUCCUUACCUGCCCUGGGUUCUCUUGGGAUUCUCUCUCUUGAUGAGUAACGCAGUGUGGGUGGAUUUUGUUGGAAUAGCUGUUGGGCACAUGUAUUUCUUCAUUGAAGAUGUUUUCCCAAAUCUGAGUGGUGGUUUCCGACUAUUAGUCACUCCCCAAAUAUUGAAAAGGCUUUUUGAUCCUCCUCCAGAGGAAGUACCUCAGCCUGCAGAUCGGCCCGGUGGCUUCAAUUGGGGAGAGCCUCUUGCUGCUAAUCAGGAUGAUGCUCAGGAAGGAUUCGCUGAUGCACAAUGAUAUCCACCAAUCUGCACAUUCUAGUGCUGUCUAUACCAAAAAAAUUGGAACUUGUUUUUUUAUAAAUAAUACAUUGUAAUUUUCUGAAAAUGUAUUUUUUGUGUGACUUUUUGAAGCGGCUUGUUCAAUCCGGAAUGAGAAAUGGCAAGAUUUCAGCCACAAAAUGGAUUUUGAACCAACAAUUGCACUGAUUUUAUGUUCAUUCAACCUUGGGAAAUUUAACAAUCUAUUUCUCGGUGGAUGAAAAAGCAACU